AUGUCUACUGCCGAGCUCGCUUGCUCCUACGCCGCCCUCAUCCUCGCCGAUGAUGGCGUCGAGAUCACCGCCGACAAGAUCCAGACCCUCCUCGGUGCUGCUAAGGUCGCCGAUGUUGAGCCCAUCUGGACUUCCCUCUUCGCCAAGGCUCUUGAGGGCAAGGACAUCAAGGACCUCCUGACCAACGUCGGCUCCGGCGGUGCUGCUGCCCCUGCUGCCGUUGGCGGUGCUGCUGCCGGUGGUGCCGCUCCCGCCGAGGCUGCUGCUGAGGAGAAGAAGGAAGAAGAGAAGGAGGAGUCCGACGAGGACAUGGGCUUCGGUCUGUUCGACUAA